AGCUGUUUAGACUUGCGUUUUACUAUUAAGCUGCUAGUCGAAAAUAUUAUUUUACGAAAAUGUCGGUUAUAUUAAGACAUAAACUGCCCACGCAAUGGCUUUUAAAGCAAAUCUGUUACAGCACCAGCGCCAAAUCGAGCAACGAUGCGGCAAGUGCCAAAACAAUACCGAAAAAUUUGCUCGAGGAUAAGCAAACGGCGAAUUUACAAAAGGAAAACGGCGCCAUAUUCGACAAGCGUCCAUUUAAACUGCACUUGGACAAAGACAAAACCUACAGCUGGUGCCUGUGCGGCAAAUCCAAAUCUCAGCCGCUGUGCGAUGGAACGCACAGAAACGAAUUUCUUAAAAUUAAACUGAGGCCCAUACGCUUCAAAGUGGAGAAGACGGGCGACUAUUGGCUCUGCAACUGUAAACACACCACACAUCGUCCCUUCUGCGAUGGCACCCACAAGCAGCAGCACAUCCAAGACGCCGUUAAAUAAUUUUAAAAAUAUGUACAUAAAUAGAACAUUUGGUUAAAUGUGAAAUGCAUUUUGUAGUAUGUAUAUGAAAUGAGAAAUGCACGCAGAGAAAUUUUUUGAAUUCAAGAA